AUGGCGGAAGGUGAAAAAGCAGUGGACCCACUAGAUCUCUCCACGAGAUGGCGAGAGACUUUGGACAGCGGUGCUGCCAUCCUUCGCUAUGUGGUGGAGCAAGUUCCCCAGAUAUACUGUUUGGAGGCGGAGCCCCGGCCUCAGGAAGAGGAGCAGCAGGUGCAGGAACACAUCCUGCAACAUCUGGAAUGGUUUCUGUUUGGAGAAGACCCUCGUGUUGGCCUGGAGAAACUCCAGCAGGGCAAUGCAGGUUCAUCGUCUCAGCUUUGUGGACGCGUCUUUAAGGAGGGUGAAACAGUCUACUCUUGCAGGGACUGUGCCAUAGACCCCACCUGUGUGCUGUGUAUGGACUGUUUUCAGAAUAGUGUACACAAAGGACACCGUUACAAGAUGCACGCUUCGUCGGGAGGUGGAUUCUGUGACUGUGGUGACGUAGAGGCGUGGAAGACCGGCCACUGUUGCUCCCAGCAUGACCUGGGGACGUCGGUUGCUAUGGAAACGGAUGAGUGUGUUUUAGAGGCGGGGUUACAGGAGCGAGCCCAGACUCUGUUCCAGGUCCUUCUUCGUUACACCGCUGAUUUUCUGGUCUGGGAAGAGAGUGAUGAGCUACCUACAGAGCUUCAGCCAAGGGUGAAGGAGGACACUUACUACUGCGUACUCUACAAUGAUGAACACCAUUCAUACGAUCACGUUAUAUAUACACUACAGCGUGCCGUCAACUGUGACCACAACGAAGCUCACACACACACAGCUCUCAUCGACAAGGAGGGUCGAAGAGCUGUGAAGAGAGGGACGCGCCGAGUGUGUGACCAAGCCAAAGAGCUCAUUAGAUCCAGCUCGGAGCAUAUUACCCAGCAGCCCCUGCGGGUAGAGAUCCUGCACUCGGCUGUCAUGGCCCACCAGAGCUUUGCCCUUCGCCUUGGCGCCUGGUUUCAGCAGAUCGUUGGCUACUCGGUGGGCCUCAGGCAGGUUUUCUGUCAGGUGGCUCUGGACACCAGUGCUGACAUGAACAGACCGUGUUUAAUCAGCAGACUCAUGCUUCAUGAUGCCAGACUUUACAAAGGAGCACGCAAGAUUGUCCAUGAGUUGAUUUUUUGUAGUCUGCUGAUGGAUCCUGAGUAUAAGAGACUGUUUGCCAUGGAAUUCACUAAGCAUUACAGGCAGCUGCAGGAGGACUUCAUAAGAGAUGACCAUGAGAGAAAUAUCUCAGUGACUGCUCUUUCUGUCCAGAUCUUCACUGUACCCACUCUGGCUCGGCAGUUGAUCGAGGAAGGGAACGUCAUCAAGGUGAUUAUAGACACAGUGAUGGGAAUGCUGAGGGAACACUUGGAUGCCAACAAUCGCUUCCACUUCCUGGGAUAUAAUUCUGACAAGUUCUUCCGGGUCCAAGUGAUCUUCCAUGACCUCAGGUACAUACUGAUCAGUAAGCCAGCAGUGUGGACAGAGGAACUCAGGGUUAAGUUCGUGGAAGGCUUCAGUGUCUUUUUAGGGCUGCUCAACUGUAUGCAGGGCAUGGAGGAAGUGAAGAGGCAGUUAGGUCAACACAUUGAAGUGGAGCCAGAGUGGGAGGCUGGAUUCUCCCUUCAGAUGCAGCUACGGCAAAUUCUCUCCAUGUUUCAGGACUGGUGCUCCUCUGAUGAGAAAGUUCUGCUACUAGCGUUCCGAGAUUGUCACCAAGCCCUCAUGCGUUGCUCCAAUCAACCCUUUAAUAGCGAGGCUACAGACAGCUACAUGUGCAAACACAUCCUGCACGUUCGGCCCUACAAAGUGUCCCAGGAGCCAGUCAGUAUCCACUUGCCCAUCUCUAGACUCCUCGCAGGUUUGUAUGUACACUUGUGUAGGACUGGAGCAAUCAAACAGCUGCAUGAAUAUUUGGAUCCAGUGAGCCUAGAUUUCACCUACUGGGCAGAACAUCCCUUGCGAUGUGUAGUCCUGGCUGCUCAGGUCUCAGCCGAGAUGUGGCGUAGGAAUGGCCUCUCCCUCGUUAGUCAGGUGUAUUAUUACCAGGAUGUGAAGUGCAGAGAUGAGAUGUUUGAUAAAGACAUCAUUAUGCUACAGAUUGCUGCCUCCAAAAUGGAUCCUAACCACUUUCUUAUGUUUAUGCUGCUGAGAUUUGAGCUCUUUGAACUGUUUAAUGGGAAUUGUUCCAGUAAGGAUCAGGAGCUCCUGAAACAGUGGAAUAGGCUGACUGAGGAAAUGCUCUAUCUGCUCAUUAUCAUUGUUGGUGAGCGGUACGUGCCAGGCAUUGGUGAAGUGACCAAAGAUGACGUGACGAUGAGAGAAGUAAUUCAUCUGCUCUGCAUCGAGCCCAAGGCUCACAGCAGUCUGGUCAAAGGGCUCCCGGAGAACGAGAGCCAUGAAACUGGGCUGGAAGCUGUUAUCUCAAAAGUGGCAACAUUCAAGAAGCCAGGGGUUUCUGGUCAUGGCCUUUAUGAGGUUAAGAAGGAAUGUCUCAAGGAAUUUAACCCUUUCUUCUACCACUACUCCAAGUCACAGCAUAGCAAGGCUGAAGAUGCACAGAAGAAGAGAAGGGUCCAAGAAGGGAGUGAUAAAGCUCUGAGGCCCCCUGUGCCGCCUGCCUUCUGCCCGAUGUUCUCCAACAUUGUCAGACUGCUGUGCAGUGAUGUGCUACUGCACGUGCUCAGAAGGGUCGUACAGAGAGCCGUAGAGGAUCGGGCCACUCUUUGGUCUGAGGCUAUGAUUCAGAGGGCUUUGCACAUCAUAGGCCAGGCGCUGAUUGAGGAGAAGACUCAGUUAGAGUCGAGUAACAACGUGGAUGAUGUUACCUUUGACUUCAGCCUGAAGGCCCACAGAAUUGGUGCAGAACAUGGCAAGUCUUUGUUCCACUUCCUCUCCAAGAUGAAAUCACUGCCUUCUCUUGAAGCCCAGAAGGACAUGAUCAUUUGGAUAUUGCAGAUGUUUGAGGUGGUGAAGUGCCUUCGGGAGAAAUCCAGUCCUGCUGCCUCCUUUACUGUCGAUCAGACCAAGCCUGAAGAGACUGUUCAGGAUAAAGAGAAAGCAGAGAGAAAGAGGAAAGCAGAGGCUGCCAAACUGCAUCGACAAAAAAUCAUGGCUCAGAUGUCAGCGAUGCAGAAGAACUUCAUUGAAACACAUAAGAUGCUGUAUGACAACACCCCAGAGAGCGGUUGCCAGGGGGACCCCAUUACGUCCACAGAGAGCUGUGCCAUGGAGCUGGGUGAAUCCCGUGUUGCAGUGGGACCACAGCAGGGGGUGUGUCCUGCGGACUGGGAGAUGCUGACCUGUAUACUCUGUCAGGAGGAGCAGGAGGUCCAGGCACAAGCUCCAGCCAUGGUCCUCACAGCCUGUGUCCAAAGGUCUACAGUGUUAACCCAAAGCAGGGGCAAGACCCUCUCCACAAAGGAAAGCACCUACCCUCUCUUCAUGCCCCCUGACCUCGCUGUUGGCACUCACACUGGUAGCUGUGGACAUGUCAUGCACGCCACCUGCUGGCAGAAAUAUUUUGAGGCAGUGCAGAACACUACUCGGAACCGUCUGCAUGCUGACCUGAUCAUAGAUCUGGAGAACGGAGAGUACAUGUGUCCACUCUGCAAGUCCCUCUGUAACACUGUGGUCCCACUCAUCCCUCUGGAGCCCACCAGCAUUAACUAUGAGAGUGCAGAGUUGGUGGGCCAGCUGCUCACUCUUCCUCGGUGGAUUCAGACUGUCUUGGCACGGAUCAGAGGACUUAAGGCCUCUGCUCAGGGAGCUGAGACUAGCACUGAGACUGGAGCAGAGAGGCAGACUAGUCUUUUUGAGGAGGGUGAUGCUGACUUCGGCUCCAUUCUCAGCUUUGGAGUUCAGAAACCGCCAAAGUAUUCGGGCAGUAUAACAGAGAUGCUGGUGGUGUGUGCCACCACAGUGCACAGGGUGGGCCUGCAGGUGCCGCCCAAUGAACAGUGUCCCUACGUGCCUGUGAUGGCAUGGAACACUUGUGCCUACACCAUCCAAGCUACGGAGAACAUGUUACUGGAGGAGGGAAAGGCAUUGUUUGGCUCCCUACAGAGCAGACAGCUUGCUGGACUGAAAGCUGUUGUCCAGUUCUCUGCUGCCCAGCGCCUAAAAGGUUCCCAACCAGUCAUCCAGAAACAUUUUACAAACAUGCUAGCAGUGUUGGUACCAGUCCCAAAUGUGGAGGAAACACCCUCUAUCUUAGAAGUGGAUUUUUUCCACCUGCUGGUGGGGCUUGUUCUGUCCAUGCCAUCAUUGUACCAAGAAGAGACAGUAGAACUGCAGCCCUCAGCCAUCAGCACAGCUUACAACCACCUGCACCUACUGCAUCUGGCCACUAUGGGGCACAUCCUGCAGGUCUUACUGUCCUCACAGGACUCGACUGCAUUAGCAGAGGGAGGAGAGGAUGUAGAGGAGGCCAGAGCGGCAGCAGCACUGUACUCUACUGUGUUACAUCACACUGAGGGGCUGAAGUCAGACAUGUCCGGUUCUGUGGUGGCUAACAGUGUGAGACAAGGCAUCCUUCCCUUCCUGCGCUGUGCUGCCCUGUUCUUUAAUUGCCUUACAGGAGUGCCUCCUCCAGAUGAGCUUUCUACACCCGCAGCAAGCUUUGACGGCCAGAUAGAAGCAAUCUGCAGUUACCUCGCUUUACCCUCCAACUUGUUUCAACUCUUCCAUGACCACAGAGAGACUGCCACCCCGUUAAUACAGAGGUGGUGUGGGAAUCCAGCCAUAACCAAAGCCUUUAGGGGAGAAAUGCAUGUUACCAGGUAUCCUCGUAAAAGAAACAGGCUCAUUGAUCUUCCAGACGAUUACAGUGUGCUACUUAACCAGGCUAGUCACUUUAAGUGCCCAAACUCGUCUGAUGAAGAGCGUAAACAUCCCACACUGUGUCUGUUCUGUGGGGCUAUGCUGUGCUCCCAGAGCCCUUGCUGUCAGGUACAGCUGGACGGUGAGGAGGUAGGCGCUUGUACGGCCCACGCUGCCACCUGUGGGGCUGGAGUGGGAAUGUUUCUCAGGAUCAGAGAAUGUGAGAUUGUUCUUAUGGCCAGUAAGACACGAGGAAGCACGUAUCCUGCUCCUUACCUCGAUGAUUACGGGGAAACAGACCCUCAGCUUGGACGGGGAAAUCCUUUACACCUGUGCCCCGAGCGCUAUCGGAAACUCCACCAGCUGUGGCAACAGCACUGUAUCCUGGAGGAGAUAGCACGCAGCCUGGAGGUGCUUAACGUCAUGUUUGCCUUUGAGUGGCAGAUGCUGUGAGGAGGAGCCUGUUGCAUGGGCAUUAAGGAGCAAAGGAAAAGAGGGAGGGACAUUCUGUGAUAGGAGAGUUGGGCAGUGAGUUUCUGGCCCAGCGGGAACAACACUACCACAGCGAUGCUUUGGGUCAGAGAUGAUUCUCCUCCUCCUCCUGUCCUUAUCGAAAAGCAGGCCCCAUGAGGGGGACAAAGUGCAGCUUGAUUUGGGAUAGCCCCGGACGCCUUUUCCUGUCUUCGUUACGAGUUAUUUUUCAGCUUAGGUUAAUUUGGACAAUCUAAUCAGAAUCGUAUUGUUUUUGGGGAGUCAAUUACCUCACCGUAGUAUACUGAUCAAAUGGUGAAAAUAAAGUGAAGUUGGGCUGCAGCUUUAUUUUCCUGUUUGCUAUUUGCUGUGCGUUCUUUUCUUGGUUUGAAGAUGCAGUAAGGGAGAUGAACCUAAGAAAAAGAAAAAGGAAAAAAAAAAAAAUCAUGUUCUCUGAUUCCCUCAAGUUCAAGCACUGUCCCAUUUACAAGUGCUGUUACUAGGUAUUGGUUAAAACGCUUCCCCUUGCUAUUGUAUCAUCGUUACUGAUGGAAUUCAGAAAUUGUGUCAGUGUGAAUAUGCUGUACCCAUAUACGAAUUUAUUCUACUAAAUAUAUUCAGGAAUAUAUACUGUCAUAUAUUGCCAGUUGAAGUGUAUACACUUCUGGUAAGGUAUGCACUAUAUUUUUCAUAAUAUUACACAUGUAUAUAUUACACCAGUGGAUGAUUAGAGGAAGCCUAUUUUACUAUAGGAAUAUUGAGGUUAAAAGUAAAUUCAGCACUGCUCAUCACUCACAUUCAAAUAAAUUCACAAAGCAAAUGCUGGCACAUUCUAGUCUUUGAUUAAGUUAAUUCUGAGCCUUUUUUCAUCGGUUUGAAUUGUCUAUGAAACUUAUCCGUCAUAAUUAUUUCUUUUCAUUGUGUCAUUGCA